AAGGCUCCCUCGCCGCUGCUGGUGCUUUUGGCGGACUGCAUCGCGGCCGCCGUCGAGGCAGGCGACGCUGGGACUGCGUGGAGCUUGCAGGUGGGCGUAGGCUUCCUGGGGCUGGCGUUCCUGGAGCUCGCGAAGCUGCUGAUCGCGUUCUCCCGCAGAUGCCUGGUUCAGCUGUGCCGCCUGCUCCGCACACUGGGUCCUGCCGCCCGCGCGUCUGACGAGGAGCCGAUCUCGUCGCUGGAGCAGCGGGCGGCCAAGCCAUCGGCUCUGCUGGACCAGGAGAUCGACCUCGCUGAG